AUGGACACCAGUAAAGUACAGCUGCUUUACUGCAAAUCAAAAGUCUAUAUACAUCCUUCAAAAUCGUCCAAGGACAACAUUGCUGGCUAUUUAGCACUUAUCAGGCCAGACGGUGCUUCAGAUCUAGACAUUCUUCUCAGCUGGGUCCCUGAAUAUCUCAUUCGGCAGUCCAAAGAUGACUUUGACAACUAUGUGCAGGUAGAUCUUGAUCCUGAAUCGGGCGCAAUCUCCGAAACAAGCAGGGUGAUGGUUUCCCCACCGCCAUUGAAUGCUCGCAGCUCUCAUGCCUUCUCAAUUGCAGUCAAAGACCUGUUUUCUAUCCAGGUCCGCCAGCCCUCUCUAGGCUGGUGGUGGGGCUCUUUGCUUUUCUACACGCGAACCCAGGUGACGCUACCAGCACUGUUUUUCCACGAUUUGGAGUCUGAGAGUACAGUCAACGAGCAAAAGCGGAAUUGUGAGAGUUUCGAGCCAUUCUCGGACUCUGGCGAUCUGUAUUGGGGCGGCCAAUCGUUUUUGAAAGAACUCAGAAAGUACGUAAAGCUGGUGGACGCGACUGUCGAAAGAGGUCUACUGCUAGUAAACCCUGAUGUGGCAGACAAGUUGUCGUUUUCACCGGCCGCCGCUAAGCUGGUCACUCCUCAACCUGGAGACGACAAUAUCGCGAAACUCUCAAAAGCAUGGGAAGACGCGAAAUGGGGUCUAAUGGAGAAGCUGGCCGCUGUGACAAGGUUUAGUCGUAAGGCCGGCCAGCAGGUUUUGGAUCGCACUCCGGCCAAUGUUAAAGCCAUGCUAAAAGUCCCCGAGGUCGAGCAAUUGAGCAAUGAUUUCGACAGUGCUCGAAUCUAUUUGGCUGAGUGGGCACUGGGAAUUGCUGAAAACUCUGAUCCUCGUUACGAUGUGGUUUGGAUGGAUAGCUACGACGAUCUCAUUUCGAGUAUAGGCGCUACAGAUGAAGAGUACGACGUCAUAAGCCUGGCUGCCUCAGUAGAGAGACGCAAUCCUGUCACUUUAGAAGAAUGGAACUCGUUCUUUGACCUGUCAGGCAGAUUGUGUAUCACUCAAACCGAGGUUCUUGAUCGUAUUUUCCAUGGUGGACUCGAACCAAGUGCCCGAACUGAGGGUUGGCUCUUUUUGCUCGGCGUGUAUCCAUGGGAUAGUAAUGCAAUUGAGCGGCAUUCUAUUACCUCUGAAAAGCGCAACGAAUACUAUCGUUUGAAACGCCAUUGGUGGGACGAUACUGAGCGUCAGAACAAUGAUGAGUUCUGGAAAGAUCAAAAACACAGAAUCGAGAAAGACGUGCUAAGAACUGACCGCCAGCUUGAAAUCUUCGGUCAAAGCGAUAUUCCCCAUCCAGAUCCCGACAGCAGGUUUGCCAGUCAGGGUGCAAACCCGCAUUUGGAACAGAUGAAAGAUAUGCUCAUCACUUAUAAUGAGUACAACGAAAACCUAGGUUACAUUCAGGGUAUGUCUGAUCUUCUCUCUCCUCUCUACGUCGUUCUUCAAGAUGAUGCUCUUGCGUUCUGGGCGUUCUGCCAGUUUAUGCGCCGGAUGGAGCGCAACUUUCUCCGGGAUCAAUCCGGAAUGCACGAUCAGCUCAAAACCUUGGAGAGCCUUGUUCGCUUCAUGCUCCCGCAGUUAUUCGAGCAUCUCGAAAAGGCUGAAAGUACCCACUUUUUCUUCUUUUUCCGCAUGCUGCUAGUCUGGUACAAGCGAGAAUUUGAAUGGGAUGCUGUUCUUAGGUUAUGGGAAGUGCUCUGGACUGAUUUUUACUCUUCUCAAUUCCACUUAUUCUUGGCACUGGCUAUUCUUGAUCUCAACAAAGAGGUCAUCAUGGCCCAACUGCAUCACUUUGAUGAGGUUCUCAAGUACAUCAACGAGCUCGGUCAAUCUCUGGAUAUAGAUGUGGUUCUUAUGCGUGCGGAGCAACUGUUCCAGAGGUUUUCGAAUACGAUUGACUUGAUUGAUCGUCGUCGCAAAGAUGGCCAGCAUGCUGUGCUUCCCAGUGUUCCUGAUUCCCUCAGGCAAUUGCGCGAUCGCAAGAUCGUGGAAGUUCGGGAGUCUGCUCGCCCUGAAGGUGCGACUGGUGGUUAA